CAGUGAGUGUCUCUCGACCCACGCCGUCUCUCCUCCCUCCUCGCUCUAGCAGCAGCAGAGGAGGCUCUUCUCGCUCAGGAGGAGCAGAUCCAGGAUCAGAGGAGAGGAGGAGGAGGACGGAGCAGACAUCACCCACACACACACAGCAGCAGCGGCUCCACCACCAUGCACACACCCGGGCUCUCCUCCGUUUGGCUCUUCUUCUUUAUCUGGGGCUCCUCCCGGACUCUCGGCGGAAAAGUGAACAAGCACAAGCCGUGGAUUGAGACAUCUUACCAUGGCGUGAUCACGGAGAACAUGGACACUGUACUGCUGGACCCCCCUCUGGUCGCUCUGGACAAGGAUGCCCCAGUCCCCUAUGCUGGGGAGAUUUGUGCCUUUAAGAUCUACGGUCAGGAUGCUCCAUUUGAGGCGGUGGUGUUGAAUCGCACAUCAGGAGAGGGGGUCCUGAGGGCCAAUAGCCCUGUGGACUGUGAGAGCCAGAAAGAGUACACCUUCAUAAUCCAGGCAUACGAUUGUGGGGCCGGACCCAGCGGGGCCGACUGGAAGAAAUCACACAAGGCGGUGGUUCACAUCCAGGUAGAUGACGUCAACGAGUUCUGUCCUGUGUUUCGGGAGCCACUGUACAAGGCGUCAGUAACCGAAGGCAAGAUAUACGACAGCAUUCUGCAGGUGGAAGCAUGGGACCAGGACUGUUCACCACAAUACAGCCAAAUCUGCAACUAUGAAAUUGUCACUGCAGGGACGCCAUUUGCCAUAGACCGCAAUGGUAACAUCAGAAACACAGAGCGUCUGAGCUAUGACAAGCAGCAGAGCUACAAGAUCAUGGUGACGGCCUUCGACUGUGGUCAGAAGAGAGCAAAGGAGGACGUGGCUGUGCAUAUUGAUGUCAAGCCUGUCUGCAAACCUGGAUGGCAAGGUUGGAACAAGCGGGUGGACUAUGAACCGGGGACUGGAAGCAAGCAGCUGUUCCCCAAGAUGCGCUUGGAAACCUGCGGUGGUCCCCUGUCCGGCGUGAGGGCGAUGGUGGAGCUGCAGACCAGUCACAUCGGGAAGGGCUGUGACCGCGAAACGUACUCUGAAAAGUCUCUGCAAAAACUCUGCGGUGCAGCAUCUGGCAGCACCGACCUCCUUCCUGCCCCCAACCCUUCCACAAACUGGACAGCCUCUCUGCUGACUGACAGUGGGCGAGACAGUGACCUCAUCUACAGGUUUGACGGACGCCAGGCUGCCAAUGUUCCAGAUCACGUGGUGCCCCAAAACCUAACAGACCAGUUCACCAUAGCAACGUGGAUGAAACACGGGCCCAGUCCAGGGCUCAGAGCGGAGAAGGAAACCUUACUGUGUAACUCUGACAAGACAGAGAUGAACCGCCACCAUUACUCUCUGUAUGUACACAACUGCCGCCUGGUGUUCCUGCUCAGGAGAGACUUCACUCAGCUUGACACUUUCAGACCUGCCGAGUUCCACUGGAAACUGGAACAGAUUUGUGACAAGGAAUGGCAUUAUUAUGUUAUCAACGUGGAGUUUCCUGCGGUGACACUAUUUGUGGAUGGUGUGACCUACGAACCCUACUUGGUGACGGAUGACUGGCCGAUCCACGCCUCAAAGAUUGAUACACAGCUGACUGUGGGUGCCUGCUGGCAAGGUGGAGAGGUAGCCACCCCCAGGUUGACUCAGUAUUUCCAUGGCAGCCUGUCAGGUCUGACGAUCCGACCAGGCCGGAUUGAAACCCAGAAGGUUAUCUCGUGUUUGCAGGCCUGUAAAGAAGGACUUGAUAUCAACUCCCUUGAGAGCCUGGCUAAGGACAUAAAGUUCCAUUUCAACCCUGCCCAGUCUGUGCUGGUUGUGGAAGGAGAGGAUGUGGACAGCAUCAACACAGCCAUGACCAAGGUCUCCUACAUCAACUCUCGCCAGUUCCCCACCGCAGGCCUCCGGCGGCUGCACAUCACCACCACAGUGCAGUGUUUCGGGGAGGACACGUGUCUCUCCGUCCCGGACGUCAAGGCAGUGGUUAUGGUGCUGCCGCCCAGUGAACCGAGAAUCACAAUUACAGGAUCUAAUCGACUCGUCAGGCCUGCCGCUGACCUGCAGGGCCCGCUGGGUGUGGCACCCUUCAAGGAGCUUCACAUCACCAGCACCGUAAUGAAGGGAGGCAGCUUCGGUGGAUUCCAUAGGCCGGGUGUGAUGGAGGUGAUGCACAACCUGGACUACUGUGACAUCCUGGUCAUUGGAGAGGAGCUGAGCCCCGAGAGAGAGAGUCUGGAGAUUCAUCACAACGCUUUGUUGGGAAAACAUCUGGACGCCACCAACUCCACCUCUGGAAUUUCAAUAUAUGGUGUGGACUCCAUGGCUCACUAUGAGCAGGCGCUGAGGCAGGUGCGCUACAGGAACUGGCGACCUGCCACUCUGACUGAGCGAAGGUUCAGACUCACCUGCUCCGAACUCAACGGGCGUUACACCAGCAACGAGUUCAACUUGGAGGUCGGUGUUCUCCACCACUCAGCGCCUGUGGAACAUGUCAAUCAUAUGGCAGCCCAGCCUCAGUACAUGAGACCUGUCCAUCACCCACUCAUGAUACACACUCCAAACUCACACAUGUCAGGAGCCGCGCCACCAGCAGCCACAGCAGUGAUCGUGGUUUGCAUCGCCGCCCUGGUUGUGAUUGUGGUGAUUGGUGUGUACAGGAUCCACGCCACGCAUCAGGAGGGGUCCAGAGAGGACGAGGACGAGGUCAAAGACCCUGAGGUGGACUGGGACAAGUCUGCCCUCAACAUCACCGUCAAUCCCAUGGAGAACAUGAGAGGAGCUCAAGCUGUGGACGAGGAGGUAAAAGAAGAGAAGCAGGUGGAGGAAGAGGAGGAGGAGGACGAAGAACAAGGGUUGACGAGUGCUGAGUCAGACAACAGUGACGAAGAUGAAGAGGAGGAAGAGGAAGAGAGAGAGGAGAUGAAGAAGAGGAAGCAGAGGGGAAGACUUGAGUGGGACAGUUCCUCCAUAACAUACUGAUCACACACACACACACACACACACACACACACACACACACACACACACACACACAAAUAUAUACCUACAUAUACACAACAGUCUCUGCAAGUGUGUCGCUCCGAAGUUGUUAUUUUUAAUGAAACAUCACCCUCUGCUGGACAAAGUCAGAAGAACAGAAUCAGCUGCUGCCUCUCAGCGUCUGUAUGCACAUGAAUUAAGAUUCACAUCACAGUCAGUGAGGCAGAACAAAAUACAUCAGACAAGCACAGCCCUUUCAUUAAGUGUGCAGAAUUAGUCAGAGUUUCACUGAUAACACUGAACCUCAAACUCGCAAACGAUCAAGAGUGAAAUCUGAAAAAUGGCGACACGAGGAUGAUUUGAGCUUUUACGUCCACAUUUAAUAUUUACAGUUACGUGUGUCCUCAGAUUCGUUUUGUAUUGGUUCCUCUCUAAAGAGAUUGUCAGCAAGACGGCGAGUUAUUAACAGAUUUAACAGCGAGAUGUAUCCCCGUACAUAUCCAUUGAUAAAUGUAUCCAUUAAACCUUUUUAAUAGAAUUCCUUCAGCCUAUUUAGUAGAAAUAAAAUAGCUGUAUUGUCACUAAGUGUAUAACCUCUGUUCUCAUCGUUAACUCGACAUCUGUAACACUUUUCUGUCUCUAACAUGUGUGUGAUCAGUGCUUUCACCAAACACAUCACAGUGCUGUGGUUCUGUGGCCUGGAGACAAGAGAGAAAUCUGCAUCUUUUACAUUAAUAUUCCACAUUAAUCCUGAUUUACACACAAGUCAAAGAUCAAUUAUUGUCUGUUUAAAAUAUAUUUUGCAUUUGUGUCCUGUACCACUCCGGUGGCCUCAUGUAGGGGGAGAUCGGUUCUCUUUCUCUUUCAGCAGAUGAAAUGUUGUGACUAUUUACUAUUGAAAUCCACUUCAUGAAAACCACUAACCCUUGUUUUUAAUUCCAUUCAAACAAAGCCUUCUAUGCAGUUAAAGAUCCAGUAAAACCAAUUCACAGACACUGAAAGUCCAACCAUUUAGACUUUUAGAGAAUCAGUGCCUGACUGGACCUUUGUUGCCCAGUAUGGGUCAAUCUCAAAAAUAUGCCUGAUCUUACACUACCCAUAAUGCAUCUCAGUUGGACAUCCCUGCAGCUUAAAACGUCAGUAUAGUGCAGACCUGUAGCAGAGCUGAGACGAUGUGGCUUCUUGAUGUGACAUGGCAAAGUUCCUCUUCUUAUCAUGGAUGGAUUUUCAAACCACUACCCACGUACCCAAAUACUACACAGGCCCUUCAACCACGCAGCAUAUGUCACUUUAAAAUUAUAUUUAUUUAUUUUUACAUGUUAAGACAACAGUAAGUGUCAGAUACAGUUUUAACACAAUGAAAAUGUAUAAUAAAAUGAUUUCAUUUCAUUUACCAAACAUUCAAACUAUUUCAUAAUCAUGCAACAUUUCAUCCAAUAUUUAAAGACGUAGAAAUACUUGAAACUUUAAGAAUAUAUUGCCUAAUAAUAAAUCUUACAGCCAAGGGACUCCAUUGGCUCCAGGACUCUGAGCAUGUGCCCAGAUGUGGUAAACCAUCAUUGCAUCAAGUGUCCAUCAGAGUCAGGACAGUUUCAUGGACAAACUGAUGACAUCUACAAUUCUGCAUAUUUCCAACCAAUUACUACAGUCUACAUCGUGAACCCCGCAAAUUCAGAGCUUUAUUUUCCUCUUUUUGCCGCUGAUAUGCAGAUAUCAGAUUGUUACCAUGGAAACAUCUGAGGGGGGGGUUAAUGCUUUAAUAGUCCGUCUUUAUUUUUGUGAAACGUCUAAUUUAGAAUAAACGCGGAUCAAAAUUUAGACGGAUGUGUCUGACAGAGUGUGAAUCAGAGGAACUUUGCUAAAUGUUGCUGGAGAAGAGAAGCAGAGUGAUUGUUUGUUUUACUGGCGUCCUCGGUCCUGCACAACUUCCCCAGAACCAUGAGCAGAAAUUUCACUGAUACUGAUUCCAUCUUGUACCAUUCAUCAUAACAGAUUUAAUGAAAGUUCAUUCCUCUCCAUGCCGGUAUCGUCCCUCUGAGCUCUCUCUCUCUCUCUAACUGGUUUGUGUCCUCCCUCCCUCUGUCGGCCUUUGAGAACCUGUGGUUGUGAUGUCAUCAUUGUGAAACAACUGCCUUGCUCCCUUUGUCAUAUUGUGCUUCUGAAAGAUUAAAGAGAAAAAAAAAAUAAAGAUUCUUUUACAUAUAAAAACAAACCCUGUAAAAAUGUUCAAGACAGUUAUUUUAUAUAUCCGUUUCUUUUUCUUUUUGUAAACAAAACGGUUGGGAUCUCUCUCUCUUUAGUGGUCGUCCCACUGCUUUCUGUAUAUUGACCAAUAAAGACUUGUUUUAGACUCUA